UCACAGACUGAAAUCACUCCUGUCCGGCUAGUCGUUGAGUGCUGGUGUUCCUCUGUGAUCUGUGCAGUAUUCCCAAGCAAUAGUCUCAGGCUACGAACAUCGCCAUGAAGUGCUUUCUGCUCGUCUGCUUGGCUCUCGUGGGCCUCGUGGCCGCCGAGAAGACCGCCAAUGGCCCCACAGUGACCGAUCAGGUGUACUUCGACAUGAAGAUUGGCAAUGAGGACGUGGGACGCAUCGUGAUCGGCCUCUUCGGAGGCUCCGUACCCAAGACUGUGCGUAAUUUCAAGGAAUUGGCGGAGAAGGGCGAAGGCGACGGCUACAAAGGCAGCAAAUUCCACCGUGUGAUUCGCGACUUCAUGAUCCAGGGAGGCGACUUUACGCGAGGCGAUGGAACUGGAGGUCGUUCGAUUUACGGCGAUCGCUUUGAGGAUGAGAACUUCAAGCUGAAGCAUUAUGGCGCCGGAUGGCUGAGCAUGGCGAACGCCGGCAAGGACACGAACGGCUCGCAGUUCUUCAUCACCACGAAGAAGACGCCGUGGCUCGACGGACGCCACGUGGUGUUCGGCAAGGUGGUCAAGGGCAUGGAUGUGGUGAGGAAGAUCGAGAGCACCAAGACUGACGGACGCGACAAGCCCGAGAAGGACGUCGUGAUCGCCGAUUGCGGCUCGAUUCCAAUGACUGCCGAGGAGCAGUUCGCCGUGGAGAAGAGCGACGCCACGGAAUAGGCUGUCCGCCGCGACUAGAGGAGGUAGGAACUACAGAUUCACUUCAGGUUCAACAUUUUCACGAAAAGUCCGAAGAGAUUUAUGUCUCUUUUUUUGUAAUAAACGAUGAUUGAGAAGGAAAAAA